CCCCAAGACCGGGCGACCUGGACCCAAACGUCACUUCGUCUAUACUUGACAACAAAGUCAGCUGGGAUCUACAAUCUGCUGGGGAUCAGGUGGCAGUGAGUGCGUGAUCCUGGGACAGUAAGGGGCUCAAGAUGUUUUCCGCCCUGCGCAAGUUGACGGGCCGGGGAGCAGAUGGCCCGCUUACCCCUACGUCACCUCCAGGGGGGGUGCAGGCGAUGGCCGCAUCCUUACAGCGUCGAUUUGCACGCGGUGUCCAGUAUAACAUGAAAAUAGUUAUAAGAGGAGAUCGGAACGUAGGGAAGUCCUGUCUGUUCAAACGUCUGCAAGGUCAGCCGUUUUGUGAGGAUUAUGUGCCUACAGAAGAAAUUCAGGUGGCCAGCAUACAGUGGAGUUACAAAGCUACAGAUGAUGUUGUGAAAGUUGAAGUGUGGGAUGUUGUUGAUAAGGGAAAGAAGAAGAAGAAGAUGGAAGGUUUGAAGUUGGAUAAUACAUCUUUGGAGUUUGAGGAACCAGCUCUUGAUGCGGAGUUCCUAGACGUUUACAAAGGUACCAAUGGGGUCAUCCUUAUGCUCGACAUGACAAAAAACUGGACAUUUGACUACGUCCGACGGGAGAUUGAAAAUGUUCCUAGUCAUAUUCCAAUCCUGGUUCUGGCCAAUCACAGGGACAUGGGCCAUCAUCGUGUUGUGUCCGAAGAUGAUGUCAAGUUUUUCAUACCCGAAGGCGCAGCUGACGUCCGGUACACAGAGUCAUCCAUGCGCAAUGGCUUUGGUCUGAAGCUGCUGCACAAGUUCUUCAACCUGCCGUUCCUACAGCUGCAACGAGAGACUCUCCUGCGCCAGCUGGAGACCAACACGGCAGAGAUUGACGCGACCAUUCAGGAACUCGAACUCUACCAAGAGAGUGACGACGCCAACUAUGAUGUCUUUCUGACUCAGCUGACUGAUCGACGAAGAGCAGCGGCAGAAUCGGUUGCCCCAGUUGCACAGGUUGCUGCCCCAAUCAACACGUCACCCAUUCCGCAGUCACGAUCCAUAAACAGCAUGGCAUCCGUAACAUCUCCCCCUCCCACAGUAAAUGGACCUAAUAGCCUAGCUGUUGCAAAGUCGGUGUCAGUUCCAGUCAGUUUAUCAUCAUCUGCCUCAAGCACGCAGUCCAGCCCUCGGCCCACAGAUCGAGUCUCGCCUCAAGUGCCAACACCAGCCACACAUGGUGCACAAAACUCGACCAACCAGAGUCCGGAGAAAACACAAGAAAAGACUAGCUUUAUGUCUCGAAUUUUUAACAAGAACAAAGACCCAGAACCUGCAGUGGAGGCAACGGCUGACUGCACCAUACCAACAGUAGGAUCUGUGGACCCUGUCUCCGUGGACGACUUUGUACCUGAUGGCGGCAAGUUAGAUCAGUCUUUCUUGAGUGAUGUCCUCACCUCCUCUGGCAAAGAACCCACCCCCCCUGCUGAAGAGGACAGUGAGGACGAAUGUGAUGGAAAUCCAAUGGUGUCAGGCUUCCAAGUGGACCUAGACCCAGAUGACCUCAAUCUCGGGUCAAAUGUAGAAAUUGCCGCAGACGAAGACUUUGAAGAUGACUCAGUGGGAAUCUUUUCAAAAGUAGACUCUGUGCUUGAUAGUAAAAGUGAUGAGAAAGAGGUAAGAACUUCCAAGAAGCCAAAGAAUAACAAACGGAAAGUUAGUGAUAGUGAGAAACUAAACUGUGAAAAUGACGUUUCAGUAGCCUUGUCCAAAUUAGGCCUCGAAGGGUCACCAGACACUCACAGCAAUAAAGAGGCUGGGAUUGUACUUAACUUCGGACACUGUGAUGGGGAAGAGCAGGUCAAGGAGGACAAGUUAGAUGACUGGCUGAACUCGGAAGAAGGAACUAUAGCCAAUCCUUAUAUAUCCACCGCGACUGACAUGCCGGAGGGAGCUACUUUAGAUGACUCUGAUGAUAAUCAAGGUUCCACAGUGGAGACGUGCAAAGGAGUGGAGAAGAUGAGUCACCACAGCUGUAGCACAUCGAGGAGCGAGAGCCCAACAGAACUCUCAGAACGCAAAAAG